GCGAAGAGGUACGACGACUGUCACUUAAUUUUAACAAACAUCGCUCUGUUUCACUUCUGUACAGCGUUUCCUUCCUCAUUACUGUAACGGCACAGCGGAAACAAAGUCUUAUACACAUUUAUCUGUCAGCAAGACUGCCUGACCUGCCAAACGGAGAUUGACAUGGCAGCCAAUGGAGCGAGCUGUGAACAGCCUCAGAAACGCACAGGAGCGAAAGACAAACAGAAUGGCAAGUCUGCAGACUCGUCAGUAAGAGACAGGCGUCAGAAAGACAAGGAAGAGCGUCUGUCUAUGGUCUUAUGGAGGAGACCUGUCACCACUCUACAUUACUUUCUCCUGGAAACCCUCAUUAAGCUAAAGGAGCUGACACUUAAGCUUUGGCAGCGACGGGGCACAGUGUUCUUAUUUUUGGUGUUAUGUUCUCUCUUCUCCAUCGCAUACUCCACUGAGGGAGCACACCAACAAUAUGUUCAGUACCUGGAGAAAAAGUUUCUAUGGUGCGCCUACUGGGUAGGCCUUGGGAUCCUGUCCUCAGUAGGCCUUGGGACCGGUCUGCACACCUUCCUCCUUUAUCUGGGUCCUCACAUAGCAUCAGUAACCCUGGCAGCAUACGAGUGUGGCUCCACAGACUUCCCAGAGCCUCCCUACCCAGACCAGAUUGUCUGUCCCCAGGGUGGAGCGGUGGAGGGCAGCAUCUCCCUCCUCUCAAUCAUGUCAAAGGUCCGCCUGGAGGCCUGCAUGUGGGGUGCAGGCACUGCCAUUGGGGAGCUGCCUCCAUAUUUCAUGGCCAGAGCGGCUCGCCAGUCGGGAGCUGAUCCAGAUGAUGAAGACUAUGAGGAGUUUGAGGAGAUGCUUGAGCAGGCUGAAGGUGCUCAGGACUUUGUCACAAGAGCAAAACUGGGAGUCCAGCAUAUGGUGCAGAAAGUGGGAUUCUUUGGGAUCUUGGCUUGUGCCUCAAUCCCUAAUCCUCUCUUUGACCUGGCUGGAAUAACCUGUGGCCACUUCCUGGUUCCCUUCUGGACUUUCUUUGGAGCAACUCUAAUUGGGAAAGCCAUCAUCAAGAUGCAUAUACAGAAACUAUUUGUUAUCAUUACCUUCAGCAAGCACAUAGUGGAGCAAAUGGUGUCACUCAUUGGGUCUGUACCCAAACUAGGACCAUCACUCCAGAAGCCCUUCAGUCAGUACCUGGAGGCACAAAGGAACAAGCUGCACCACGCUGGAGGAAGUGCACCAGCGGAUGAGAACUGGCUGUCGUGGGUGUUUGAGAAGGUGGUGCUGGUCAUGGUCUGCUACUUUGUCAUUUCCAUUGUCAACUCCAUGGCUCAGAGCUACGCCAAGCGGCUGCAGCAGCUGAGGCACUCGGAGGAGAAAACCAAGUGAUGGCGAAACAAAGCGGUACAAACAUCCAAGUGACUGCAUUUCUGCUGCUGCUGCUGAGAUCCCUCCACUCAGCCACAGCCACUCACAACUUGACAACAAACCUCACCUUCAUCCAUUCUCAAAGAGGCCGAACGCUCUAAAAACCAGGCAUCAUGUGUUGGUCUGUGUGCUUCUGAGGAUGUAUGUACUGUUAAGCGUUUCCCACUUCAGGUUUUGUAGGUCCUUCUCUCAUCUCACCCUCUAGGUGUGUGUAGUAUGAUUCAUUCUACUGCUGAUCUUAACAUGUUACUUUAAUGUUAAUUUAACCCUUUCAUUGACCUCAGAAGUAAAGCAGCGGUUUGGUUGGUAACUGCUGUCAGGGCAGUGCCCAUCAGAUGCUAUGCCUUAUGCAAGAUGGGAAGCUCCGACUUUCCUUGACUUGAUUUUUAUUUAAUUUUGUAACUUUUAUGUAUGGAUGGAUCUUGAUUUGUUUGUACAGUGUGCUGCCAAGAUAACUGCUAUGGAUGGUGUUUCUUUUCAGGGUUCAAUUGUCCUCAUGUUUUUUUGUCCUGUUAAACAGUAACACCAGUUUGUCUACUUUUGUUUCUGGACUUGUCAGUUUAAAAUGGUGGAGAAAAAAAAGCAAUAUCAACAAAACAGUGUGGUAUUGAUGGUUUGCACAUUGUGUAAAUAUCUUACUAUCUUUUUUGACAGUAUGCUCAGAUGUAUUUCUAUUCUAAUGCUCUGUGUGGACAUGAGUCAACUUGAACCAAAACACAAAAGAGAAGGUGAUAUCAUGUGUAAAGUGACAUUGUACUCUCGGCUAACUAGUCCCAUUUCUAUUCUGUACAUUUAGGUUGAACAUUGGAUCAGAACAUAUAUAAAACAUGAAAAUCAUA